CGGAGCUGAGUCCCUCUCUUCAGAUGAAAAAGAGGUGGCGGCCGGCGGUGCCGAGGGAGAGGGCUCGGCCGAGGAGCACCCAGUGGAGGACAGUUCCGAAAACAGCUCCAGCAGUAGCUCGGAAGAUGAGUCAGAUGCGGAAGAGUCGGCUGGAAGAAGAUCGGAUGAAGAGCCAGAGGAGAAGGAAUUGCUGCCGCUCUGCGAUGAAUCAGGUAGAGUGAACGGUCUGCCCCUCUGUGAGCACUGCAGAAAUGAAAAUGACCAUAAGGAACUAGUGACCCCAAGGAGACUUUCUGGAGGACAACACGUGGUGCAACUGGACGCCGAGGGGACUUACCAGUGCAGCUUUACGGGCUUGAUUUUUGAAGUAACAAGGGCUGUCAAAAUCACGUAUUCCCUCUUAUCCUGGAGCAAAUACGCCAACCUCGUGGAAAAGCCAUGGAUCGUGGGCGGCCCCCUCUUCGACGUGCGCUGUGACUCGACCUCCGCUCUCACCUCCAUCCAGUUUCCCCAUUCCCUCUGCCUCGGUGAUCAUGACACCGGCAUGGCCUUCAAGGUCCUGCACAUCAAAGGCGAGGGUGCAGCCAUCGAGCCCUCCGCCGACUACUCGGCCUCGCACGUGAAGUGGCUGGGGGGGGCGCUGUCGCCGGUGGGACCGCUCAUCCAGAGCCAGGAGCCCGUGCACUACCACGGCGCCGUCGUCCUCUACAAAGUCGUCGACGAGCAUCCCUCUUUAUCUUUUCGGGUCUACGUGGCUACAAACAACGACUCCUUUAUAAAGGAUAUCUCAAGAGCCGUAAAACAUUCAAAUAAGAAAUUCAUUAAAAUCGACAAGCCCCCUGUAUGCCAAAAAUUACUACAGAAAGGAAAGAGAUAUAGAUUAGUUUGUGAGCCAGAAGCUGAAAUAACUCCCGAGGAAAUUGAAUUUGUUGACGGCUCUCUCUUGAAACUUAAAAGUUACAUCGAAGUCUAUUUGGAGAAACCUGAUGACUUCACCUUGUCUUUGGUUGAGCUGGAGUCCGACGCGACCGUCUGGAAAGCAAAACUAAGAGAGAGUGACUGGAUACAUUACGACCAGAACAAAAACGAGCAGAAAAGAAGCGCAGGCAGUGUCAAAAAACGGAAGCCAACCCUCAGCAUUUUGGAAGAAGACGAGCUCUGUAGCAAAAAGCAAAAGACCAACAGUACUGCAGACGGAGCCGAAACAAAAAAGUUAACCGACCAACAGCUGAUGGUGAUCGCGAAGUUGUUUGGGAGGCAGUGGCGAGAAAUUGCCAUCGAGUGUCUUCAGAUGGAAAUGAAAGACAUUGAGCAGAUCCGGGCAGCCGAGGAAGAGGUUAACAUGCAAAAAUUUCUGGUGUUAAGCAAGUGGAGAGACAAAGAACAAGGCAACGGAACGGCAGAAGCUUUGUACAGAAGCCUCCAUGAAAAAGCAUCCUAUGAGAUCCUGCAAGCCCUACAAGGUUUCUCGGCUCAGUGCAGCUAG